AUGCCCUUCGGUCUAACGAAUGCUCCUGCCGCAUUCAUGGACCUAAUGAAUCGAAUCUGCCGACCAUUUCUCAAUAACUUUGUCAUCGUUUUCAUCGACGACAUCCUCGUCUAUUCUCGAAGCGAGGAAGAACACGGCCGACAUCUCCGACAAAUCCUGGAAACCCUGCGGACCGAAAAGUUGUAUGCAAAACUCUCUAAGUGCGAGUUUUGGCUCCGAAGUGUGAACUUUUUGGGACAUGUUGUUAGUCAGGAAGGAAUUCAUGUGGAUCCUUCUAAGAUCCAAGCCAUCAAAGGGUGGGCAAUUCCAACAACACCCACGGAAAUUCGCCAAUUUCUAGGCCUCGCAUGCUACUACAGGAGAUUCAUUCAAAACUUCUCCAAAACAGCAAAGCCACUUACCUCGCUUACACAAAAGGGCGUACCCUUCGUAUGGACGGACAAGCAAGAAGCUGCAUUUCGAUCUCUGAAGCAAGCACUCUGCAGUGCGCCGGUGUUAUCGCUACCUGAAGGAACAGAAGACUUUAUAGUUUACUGCGAUGCGUCAAAUCAGGGUUUAGGCUGUGUACUCAUGCAGCGUGGAAAGGUGAUAGCCUACGCGUCCCGGCAACUAAAGACGCACGAGGUAAAUUACACCACUCAUGAUUUGGAACUGGGAGCAGUGGUCUUCGCCCUGAAGAUUUGGAGGCACUACCUUUACGGUACUAAGUGCACCAUCUUCACCGACCACAAGAGUCUCCAGCACAUCUUGAAUCAAAAAGAGCUAAACAUGAGGCAACGAAGAUGGGUCGAGCUGCUAAACGGCUACGAGUGCGAAAUCAAGUACCACCCAGGCAAGGCUAACGUAGUAGCCGAUGCCUUGAGUCGGAAAGAAUACUCGAAUCGUCGUUUGAAGACUCUCUCCAUAACCAUUCGAUCCCACCUAACCUCUCAAAUCCGGGCAGCCCAGCUCGAUGUCAUGAAGACAGAAAACAAAACAAGCGAAGCGCUGCGUGGAAUGGAGAAGAACUUUGAAGUGAAGGGAGACGGAACAAAUUACUUCAUGAACCGCAUCUGGGUCCCUAAACUUGGGGGAUUCAGAGAGGUAGUCAUGAACGAAGCCCACAAGACGCGAUACUCCAUCCAUCCAGGUUCAGACAAAAUGUACUUGGAUGUUAAGCAACAUUAUUGGUGGCCUAAUAUGAAGGCAGAGAUUGCCACUUACAUUAGCAAGUGCCUCACUUGUGCUAAAGUAAAGGUGGAUAUCAGAAGCCCUCCGGAUUACUACAGCAACCAGUAA